AGCUCCGAGGGCGGCUGGCCCGGUCGCGGUCGCGGCUCUUUCCAGCUCCUGGCAGCCGGGCACCUGAAGGAACGGGUCGUGCAACGACGCAGCUGGACCUGGCCCAGCCAUGGACCGAAAAGUGGCCCGAGAAUUCCGGCAUAAGGUGGAUUUUCUGAUUGAAAAUGAUGCAGAGAAGGACUAUCUCUAUGAUGUGCUGCGAAUGUACCACCAGACCAUGGACGUGGCCGUGCUCAUGGGAGACCUGAAGCUGGUCAUCAAUGAACCCAGCCGUCUGCCUCUGUUUGAUGCCAUUCGGCCGCUGAUCCCACUGAAGCACCAGGUGGAAUAUGAUCAGCUGACCCCCCGGCGCUCCAGGAAGCUGAAGGAGGUGCGUCUGGACCGUCUGCACCCCGAAGGCCUCGGCCUGAGUGUGCGUGGUGGCCUGGAGUUUGGCUGUGGGCUCUUCAUCUCCCACCUCAUCAAAGGCGGUCAGGCAGACAGUGUCGGGCUCCAGGUAGGGGACGAGAUCGUCCGGAUCAAUGGAUAUUCCAUCUCCUCCUGUACCCAUGAGGAGGUCAUCAACCUCAUUCGAACCAAGAAAACUGUGUCCAUCAAAGUGAGACACAUCGGCCUGAUCCCCGUGAAAAGCUCUCCUGAUGAGCCCCUCACUUGGCAGUAUGUGGAUCAGUUUGUGUCGGAAUCUGGGGGCGUGCGAGGCGGCCUGGGCUCCCCUGGAAAUCGGGAAAACAAGGAGAAGAAGGUCUUCAUCAGCCUGGUGGGCUCCCGGGGCCUUGGCUGCAGCAUUUCCAGCGGCCCCAUCCAGAAGCCUGGCAUCUUUAUCAGCCACGUGAAACCUGGCUCCCUGUCUGCUGAGGUGGGAUUGGAGACAGGGGACCAGAUUGUCGAAGUCAAUGGCAUCGACUUUUCUAACCUGGAUCACAAGGAGGCUGUGAAUGUGCUGAAGAGUAGCCGCAGCCUGACCAUCUCCAUUGUAGCUGGAGCUGGCCGGGAGCUGUUCAUGACAGACCGGGAGCGGCUGGCAGAGGCACGGCAGCGUGAGCUGCAGCGGCAGGAGCUUCUCAUGCAGAAGCGGCUGGCGAUGGAGUCCAACAAGAUCCUCCAAGAGCAGCAGGAGAUGGAGCGGCAAAGGAGAAAAGAAAUUGCCCAGAAGGCAGCAGAGGAAAAUGAGAGAUACCGGAAGGAGAUGGAACAGAUUGUAGAGGAGGAAGAGAAGUUUAAGAAGCAAUGGGAAGAAGACUGGGGCUCAAAGGAACAGCUACUCUUGCCUAAAACCAUCACUGCUGAGGUACACCCAGUACCCCUUCGCAAGCCAAAGUAUGAUCAGGGAGUGGAGCCUGAGCUCGAGCCCGCAGAUGACCUGGAUGGAGGCACGGAGGAGCAGGGAGAGCAGGAUUUCCGGAAAUAUGAGGAAGGCUUUGACCCCUACUCCAUGUUCACCCCAGAGCAGAUCAUGGGGAAGGAUGUCCGGCUCCUACGCAUUAAGAAGGAGGGAUCCUUAGACCUGGCCCUGGAAGGUGGUGUGGACUCCCCCAUUGGGAAGGUGGUCGUUUCUGCUGUGUAUGAGGGGGGAGCUGCUGAGCGGCAUGGUGGCAUUGUGAAAGGGGACGAGAUCAUGGCAAUCAACGGCAAGAUUGUGACAGACUACACCCUGGCUGAGGCUGAGGCUGCCCUGCAGAAGGCCUGGAAUCAGGGCGGGGACUGGAUCGACCUUGUGGUUGCCGUCUGCCCCCCAAAGGAGUAUGACGAUGAGCUGACCUUCUUCUGAAGUCCAAAAGGGGAAACCAAAUUCACCCUUAGGAAACAGUGAGCUCCGGCUCCACCUCGUGAACACAAAGCCUCGGACCAGCCUUGAGAGAGGCCACACUACACACACCAGAUGGCAUCCUUGGGACCUGAAUCUAUCACCCAGGAAUCUCAGACUCCCUUUGGCCCUGAACCAGGGCCAGAUAAGGAACAGCUCGGGCCACUCUUCUGAAGGCCAACGUGGAGGAAAGGGAGCAGCCAGCCGUUUGGGAGAAGAUCUCAAGGAUCCAGACUCUCAUUCCUUUCCUCUGGCCCAGUGAAUUUGGUCUCUCCCAGCUCUGGGGGACUCCUUCCUUGAACACUAAUAAGACCCCACUGGAGUCUCUCUCUCUCCAUCCCUCUCCUCUGCCCUCUGCUCUAAUUGCUGCCAGGAUUAUCACUCCAAACCUUACUCUGAGCUCAUUAAUAAAAUAAACAGAUUUAUUUUCCA